AUGCGCUCUGCUGUGGGGGUGGGAUCUGCACUCGGAGACAAGGACGAGCGCAAGACGCAACCGAGGCGACACAGCCCUGCAAGACGCAAAGGCCAGGCCACUGUCAUGAAAAAUAAAGACGGGCAACCCAUUCUGCCAACGCAGGACAUUGUCGCCCAGAUCCCGGUGCCCCAUCCCAAACUGCAAGAUGCAAGCAGCGCCAAAGGGACUGCCUGUGACAUGGACGCCAUAAGCCCCAUGAGGCGGAGACACUGCCGCCAUGUGACUCUGGCCCCCAGUCUGAACUGCGAGAGACAACUCUCGAAGGACAUCAGUCUCGCCUGUGAUAGUGUGAGACUUGCUGCCUGA